AUGGCCACCUCCACCAUGUCUGUCUGCUCUGACGCUUGCACCAACUCCUCCUGGCAGGUGGACGACUGCCCAGAGAGCUGCUGUGAGCCUGGCUGCUGUGCCCCCAGCUGCUGCCAGUCCAGCUGCUGCCAACCUAGCUGCUGCCAGUCCAGCUGCUGUGGCCCCAGCUGCUGUGGCCCCAGCUGUUGCCAGCCCAGCUGUUGUGCCCCAGCUCCCUGCCUGACCCUCAUCUGCACCCCAGUGAGCUGUGGGUCCAGCCCCUGCUGCCAAUCUGCCUGCAGCAGCUGCUGCACACCCUCAUGCUGCCAGCAGUCUAGCUGCCAGCCCUCAUGCUGCCAAUCUUCCUGCUGUGUGCCUGUCUGCUGCAAGCCUCUCUGCUGCACACCAGUCUGCUCUGGGUCUUCCUCCUGCUGCCAGCAGUCUAGCUGCCAGCCCUCAUGCUGUACCUCCUCACCUUGUUGUGUGACCCUUUGCUGCAAGCCUGUCUGCUGCACACCCAUCUGCUCUGGAUCCUCAUGCUGCCAGCAGUCUAGCUGCCAGCCCUCAUGCUGCCAAUCCUCCUGCUGUGUGCCUGUCUGCUGCAAGCCUGUCUGUUGCACACCCAUCUGUUCUGGCUCCUCAUGCUGCCAGCAGUCUAGCUGCCAGCCCUCAUGCUGCCAGCCAUCCUGCUGUGUGCCUGUCUGCUGCAAGCCUAUCUGCUGCAAGCCCUGCUCCAGCGUGUCCCUGCUCUGCCGCCCUGUGUGCAGACCCGCCUGCUGUGUGCCCAGCUCCUCCUGUUGUGCCUCCUCCUGCCAGCCCAGCUGCUGCAAGCCCUGCUCCAGCGUGUCUCUGCUCUGCCGCCCUGCCUGCUCCAGCCAGGCCUGCUGUGGCCUCUCUUCUGGCCAGAAGUCCAGCUGCUGA